CUGCUCCAAUUUCCAUUACAUCACCAACCAACCAUCUAAAUAAACCAAAAUAUAUACGAGAAAGAGAGAGAGAGAAAGCAAAAGUGGAGUGUGACCGAGCAAACCAAACUCAUAUUUGCCAACCAGCCAGGAAUAGAGAAAAAGUGAACCAUUUCCACUUUCCGCAACUCUCUGAAAUCCAUAAUUUUUGUGGUAGAGAAAAAAAUUAAGUGAAUCCGUAGACCUUUCUCCUCGUAAGAUAAUAAUUGGAUUGAAGGAACGUCGAAGUUCAAGGAAGCAUAAAAAAAAAUUUUCAUGGAAGGAAAAGGAGAAUCAGGACUUUAACUAGUUAGGAUUUAAGUUAGAAAGGACGUAAAGUACUUUUCAUUUUUCAUUUUAGUAGAACUCUCUUAGGUGUGAUAUUUCGUAAAAUCUUUAAUAGGUCAAAUUGUAGGGUUUAUAAUUUGCUUUAGUUGCAACAAUUAAGUUAUUUUAGUUCAUUCCUGUAUCAAUUUUGUAAAGUCGGAUAUCCUGAGGGUAUUUCAAAACUAUGUUAAUUUGAUUAAGUAGAGAUUACAUUCGCAAAAAAAAUCACAAAAUCAUCGAAACAUAAAAUAAUCACCUGCCUAACUGGAUGAGUGGAUGCCUGUGAUUGUGAUCCGUGUUACUUGCAUUUUUCUAUCGUCUCACUUUGUCCUGUGUUAGAAUUGGUAUCUCAAAUUGUCGCACAUCUCACUAACUUAGCUCACAGCUCUUAGGAUUAGCUUAGAGUCUUAAUAGGUCUCAAUUUCAGUUGGGGGUUUCAUGAAUAUGCAAUCUUCGACAAUGCACCUCUGACAGUUACUCAAGCAAUUACACGACGACACGCCUACAUAUUCAAUAUCGUACAUCGACAUUAGGAAAGACGUAACUCGUUAACAUGUUGUUGGCUAGAUGAGUGAUUAAAUGAAGCAGUACUAUCAGGACCAAUAGGCUAGAAGUAGAUCAUCUCAUCCGACUUACUCGUCACCUAUAAAAGUAGACCAUCGAUAACCACAACGUCGCAAUCCAAAUAAUAAUGAUGCCCACAUCAUCGCCCCAACGCCAACUGGUUUCGGCAGAGGAUCCAUCGCCCAUGGAGGGAGAUGACCAUGGUGGAUUCCAUGAACGGCUCAUUAUCCGUAAAACAUCUGUGGAAACGCAGACGCAGGAUGACUCUUAUUAUCAACGUAAAAUCACUCCAAGAGUCCCUAAACGAUGUAAAAUAGCCGUGUAUCUUGCGACGGGGACAGCCGUAGUAAUGGAGCCUGACAAGGGCAGUUCUGUUACAGCCAAAGACCUUUUGGACGCCCUCGUGGAAAGUGAAGAGCUCGCAUUGUCGCCUUAUGCCUCCAACGUGUUUUCUAUAUGGAUGGCUUCCUCCUUCCUCGAAGUGCAGCUGAAACCUACACAGCAACCUCUUGGAGUGAGAAAAAACUGGAAGGGACUGCUUCACAAUUAUAGCACUGCGACACACUUGGAAGCUGAAUCCGAUGACCCUCGGAUUUGUCUAAGGCGUUCUGCUUAUCUGACAAAAAGAGAAGAAAUGCGACUCAAGGACUCCAAGAUUUUAGAACUCUUGUAUGCAGAAGCUAGGCACAAUAUAUUGAGUGGAAGAUAUCCGUGCGAGUCUGAUGAUUACGCGUCACUUGGGUCACUACAGGCAGGAAUUGAGAUGGGAUCUUUUAACCCAGAAAUUCAUACUGUGGACUUUUUCAGACAAAAUCAGCGACAAUUCCUUCCAGAACAUGUAUGUGAACCUACUUGGAUACCUUCAUUUAUUUUAGGUCGCAAGAAAACGUCUCCUUCGGUAAUGCUAUUAGAAAAUUUUCGAAGAAUACCACCGACGACACCGUCUAGGAAACUAGUUAGAAAAUAUCUCGAGCUAUGUUGGGCGCUGCCUUAUUACGGGAGUGCAAUGUUCCAUGGGCAAGUGGAGAGUCCAUCGAAAGGACUCUGGUCGUUCUUGGACUCACCCGACAAUUUUGUACUUUUAGCUAUCAACAAUCACAGCCUUCACGUUAUCGACUAUUAUAGGAAUAGAAUUCUGGUGGGUGCACGCUUCGAGAAUGUGCGGGUGGAGUUGGGCUGGCCUUCUGCAGGUCUUCCUUCCCACCAUGAGUCCAACCCAAAUUGCUUCCCUUGCCUUUUUAUCCAAUUUCUUCAAUCGGACAACAACAGACAGAGUAAAAUGCUCCAGAUAUUUUCCAAACAAGCACCAAUGAUGGACUCUCUCAUUACGAGAUUUCACCGAGCAAAAUGUCGCGAGGAGGAAGGUAGUGAUGAUGUCGAUGGAGUCGGUAACAAUGAUGCGGCUUCGGACAUUGAGGGUGACUUUUUGACUCUGAAAACGGUAACAGAGUGUGGACUGGAAACCUCUUGCCUCACCAACAAACUCGGAGAACUCUCCCUUGCCACCUUCGAUGAGAAUGGCGUUUGUGUUUCUCAAACGGGAUCUUGGGCAUUCUCGCAAUAAAAUAGCGCCAGAAUGAAUUAAUAGUUGCGCUAUAAUUGUUACUAGUAAGUAAAACCAACUCAUCAGUCAUCAUUUUCAGUGCCCUAUGUUUUUAUGACCAUGUUACGACACCGGACUCGACAAUCCAGCAUGUGGGCGGUUAUGUUUGCAACGACUUCAAACAGCACGUAUUGGACAGUACAUUUUUAUGUCAAUCUAAAUCUAUACGCAAACCAAAUCCAUUACACUGAUCGGACUUAUCGUAAUAAAUAAAUAGAGGUGAUAAGUGAACAAACAAACUAGUCUUAUGAUUAUUACUAAAGCGAUAAGACAAGACUAACUAAACAUAUAGGCCACAAAUAUUAUGAUUCUGGUGCGAAAUUGAAAAUCCGUAUAAUUUAGGUUAACCCAAUGAGUCACAUAAAUAUAUGUAUGUACAUAAGUGAUGGCUGACGAAUUUAACAUGCUUCCUUUUUAUGUCCUUAAAUUACAAAAAUAUUGUUUAAAUUUUACCAAUUAUUCUGAUUUUGUUUUGUGUAUUUCAAAUUAACAAAUUGACUAAUUGACAUUGCUGCAUAAUUGUUUUGGCUUAUAUGUAUGUUAUUUAGUCCCAAUAAUAAUUCAUGUCGUUGAGUUUAAACAAUUGUAACUUUUAUAAAUAAUUUGCCAAUCAAGUUAAGUUCAGGAUAACAGACAAAAGAUGCCACUAUUCAAAAUUUUUGACAAUUCUUAUUCAGUUUACUCGGUCUGGCUUAUCAAUGUAAUUCUAUAUGUUAUUGCGUAGUUAAAAUUAUUGUUGUACAAUUUAUUUCUUAAGAGAUACAACUAAGGUCACAUAAACGUGUUUUUGCAAGAUGUAAUCCCCUUCAAACGCAGCGGAAUUUGAUAACAAAAUAAACACUCGUUGUCACGAAUA